ACUCAAAACGAAGAAGAAGAAGAAGAAGCAGUUGACGGAAGUGACGCAAAUCUUUUGAACGUUUAGCGCGCUUAAGAUCAAGUGUGUUUCCUGUGUCCUGUAACAGCGGGGUUUAGGAGUGAGUGUGACGUAGACACUGGGUGCAGCUUGACCAGUACCACCACACCUCUCUGAAGCACCACUGACCAGUCUAAAGCAGCGGUUAUCUCACACAGGGCUUCAGCAGCCUCCUGUAGUGCGGGUGUGGGUUUUAUUACAAACUGUGAAUGGACUUGAAGUGAUUUGAGAACAUUUUUUCCACAAGGCAUCAUGAAGAGAGUGGACAGAGCUCCAGCUAAAGAUACAGCCAUUCCCACACAUCCUAAUUUAGCAUCUAGGAAAGCUAAUGUCAAGACUGACCCUGAGGCUGUGGUCAGGAAGAACACAGCGAAAAGCCUCAAAGGGCCCUCAGUAAGAUAUGGCCACCAAAGUGAAGUUAUGGAACAAAAUCGUCUUCUGACUGCAGCGAAAGAAGAUUUGCAGAAGCAGAUUUCAGAGUUAAAGGAAAAUGUGUUUGUAUUAGAACAACGCUGCAGUGAUCUUCAAGAAAGCAACACUGAAAUUAAGAAACAGCUCAGUGACUGUCAUGUGCUUCUUAUUGCAGAGAACCUUGAUCCAGUUUCAGGAGAGAAAGUUUGUGAAGCAGCAGAUCAGAAGGCAGGACAAAGAAAAGAUCUCAUGACCAUUUCCCAAAAACUGUUAACUGAGCUGAAAUCAUUUGAUGAUUUUACGAAAGAACACAGAGCACAUUUAACAGAGGUUCAGAACACCGUGAGGAGUCUUCAAGGAGCCCGAGAACAGCUUUAUCAGGAAAGAGAUUCAUUUUGCAUGUAUGCUGAGAACAUGGAGAGAGCACUAGAGGAGGCAGAGAAGCUGCUGAUGGAGUAAAGAUACAGCACUAUUUGGUUAUUUCAUGAAUAAAGACAUUGUAUGGGA